AUGGCUGAGGCAGGGGACGGCCAGCACUCCGUUGGCUCCGGGGGUGCCGCUCUGUCUCCCGACCCCGUCUGCCUCAGCGACUCGGACUCCGACCUCAGCCUGCUCGAUGAUGCUGAAGUGGAAGCCCUGUCUCCAGGGGGGCCGCCCGGGGAGGCCCCAGGGGGUUCGGGCCCCGAUGAGCCCCCCUGCCCCCCCAGGAGCUUCCCCACAGCGGCGGUGCAGCCCUUCCACCUGAGAGGCACGAGCCCCACCUUCUCCCAGCGCAGCCACGACAUCUUCGAUGGCCUGGAGCGGGCAGCCAGGCGGGCUCCGCCCUCUGCGGCCCCAGCCGGCCCUGGCGACGGGGGGGGCUUCCGGCAGCCGCUGACACUCUCCAGCCGGCCUCCAGCCGGGGGCCCGAGCAGGGCCACUCAGAAUCCCGCUCCCCUGAGGGUGCCCCCCGUUCCUGACUACGUGGCCCACCCCGAGCGCUGGACCAAGUACAGCCUGGAGGACGUAACUGAGGCCAGCAAACAGAGCAACCAGGCCCCCAGCGACUACGUGCCCUCCUUCAACCAGGACCCCUCUAGCUGUGGGGAGGGCCGGCUCAUCUUCUCCAAACCGGCCCGAACCGGCGAGGCCCGGCUUGAGAAGAGGAGGGUCCCGAGGAAGGCAGGGGAGCCGGGUGGGAGCACCCGCGGGAUCCCGGGGGUGGUGGGGGGUGAGGGCCCCGUGGAGCUGGCCCACCUGGCCAGGCCUGGGAGCCCGGAGGCCGAGGAGUGGAGCAGACCCCGGGGGCGCCUGCAGGAGGUGGGUGCACCCGAGGGGGAGGCCCUCGUGGGGUCUGGGGCUAGCGCCCUGCCAGGGGAGGCAGUGGGCUUCCACAGCAGCAAGAAGCGGAGCAGGGACCACUUCCGGAGCAAGGGCAGCAGCCCCGAGGCCCCAGGCGCGGAGGGCUGA